AACUUCAAGGUUCCAGGGGCGGAGUUGCCACAUAAGCCCCGACAAAAUCCUAACGUCAUAACACGUCCAACCAGCGCCCACCGUCGAGUUUCCAAGCAGGCAGCGGUUUGCAGGUCACGAAGACUUACUGCAGACUGAUAUUAACAUUAACCCGCGUUGCUUGUUGAUCGCAGCGGCCCACUCCUCGCUGUGGCUCCUGCUGGGUCUGGACCGGGAACAUUCCCCAGACUGCCCCAGACUGAGGUACCCCAAACGCACGCGCGCGGGCUAUUUUCAGUGCAAAUCAGUCACUUCCAUUCCGACUUGCGGCUCGGGCAAUCCAGCAUCUCGGAUCUCCCGUGCCCUUGCUUUGUCCGCGAACCGGGCUUUCGUUUCGCAUAGGUGGCGUGGGCUGUGGUUCCUGUUUCGAAUACCACCAGAACACCGGCGAAUCAGAGGUGCGGGCCCCCAACGGCUGCCGCAGACCUUUCCUCGACCACCAGGAAAUAGGCCCCAGCCUGUGGCCCGCAGCUUGCUGCUCUCCUCCGACACAAGCAGCAGCCACCUCGUCAAUGUUCACGCAAUCCAUCGCGUCCCCACCACCCCAGGGGCCUGGAACUCUAGCCGUGUCUCCCGCGAGUACAACCUCGGCAUCGUCGACGGCGCCCGCAAGAAGCAGCCGGCUGCGCGGCCUCAGCUACCUCCGCAAUUACACCCAAACCCACCUGCUGUCUCGUGAUCACAGCGCGCAACACGCCCACGGAAGCUCCCAACAACCCGCGUCCUCCGCCCCGUCGCCAUCUGCGUCUGCCGCGACAACAACGAGUGCCGGGUCCGGGGCUGCCCGGCACAAUCCCUCCACUGGCCCCGCCACCGAGUCGGCCUCCCGCACCACCCGCUUGUCGCAGCUCGUCCCCGCGCUAGCGCAUCCCCUCGGCCUGUCAACUACGCCUUCGGGAGGAAAGGCCCAAGCCGGGUCGACGGCGGGGAUUGCCCAGGAGAGAAGAUCAUCCGAAUCGUCUGCCGUCCCUUUCCUCGCCCGCUCGAGCAGUGCCGGCCCGGCCGCAGAGACCGCUCCUCCGCCCGUCAACGACAUGGCUCGCGCGCGAUCCGCAACAACCGGCGAUGCCGCCGGCAGACCCGAUGGCGGCGGGCCCAGCCUAGACUCGCUGCCCUCGAUCCGCUUCAGCACUUUCUACGACCCUCGCGCUACCCGCCCGUCGUUGAAGUUUGCGCCCGUUUCUCGCACUCUCCCUACCGGCAAAGAGGUCAUCCGGGUGGGCAGGUAUUCCGAACGAGAUGCCCAGCCCAACGUUCCCCCAAACACUCCCUCGGCAGCCCCCGUGGGCUUCAAGAGCAAGGUGGUCAGUCGGCGGCAUUGCGAGUUCUGGUUCGAAAACGGCAAGUGGUACAUCAAGGACGUCAAAAGCAGUUCGGGGACCUUCCUGAACCACAUCCGUCUCAGCCCUCCCGGCACCGAGUCGAAACCGUACCCCGUCAACGACGGCGACAUUGUGCAGCUGGGCAUCGACUUCAAGGGCGGCGAGGAGAUGAUCUUCCGCUGCGUCAAGAUGAGGUUGGAGUUGAACCGUGGCUGGCAAAACAAGCUGAACACUUUCAACAUGGCCACACACAAGAGGUUACGAAACAUGGCCGCCGGCGCAGCCAACAACAGUUCGGGCUCAUACUCGCAGGACUGCUCCAUAUGCCUGAACAGCAUAGCGCCCUGUCAAUGCCUCUUUGUCGCUCCUUGCUCGCACACGUGGCACUAUAAGUGCGUUCGGUCCCUCCUCACCUCUCCGUCUUACCCGAUCUUCAUCUGUCCCAACUGCCGCGCCGCAGCGGACCUCGAGGCAGAAGUCGAAGACCCCGAGGAGUGGGAGCAGCUUGACUCCGACGAAGGCGCCGCAGCGGAGGAGGGUGCCCUGCUGCAACCUCCUUCAGCCAAUCUCAGCAGUCCGAUGAAUACCACCCUCGGAUCCCGCGAAUCUGGACGCAGCCCCCGCCUCGCCCAAUCCCAACAACAGCCCCAACCGCAAGCAGCCGAAGUGUCGGACGGGACCAUGCUCCUCGAUCACUCGCCGCCGCGGCAACAAUCACCACCUCAGCUCGACGGCGCAACGACGCUCCGUGAUCAGCCCGUCGUCUCGUCGUAUACCGUGUCCAACCCGAUGCCCAUCCCUUCCACUGCCCAGCGAAUUCCUUCCGAUUCACGCCGCGAGACGAGAACACCUUCGCCCACCGGAGCGCCAGUGACUAACGGCCACGAGGGCCCCAUCACGCCGCGGAAUGACGCUGGGCCAUGGGUGUUCGACGGCGCCGCUGCUGCGUCGCGUGCCAACAGCAUCGAGGCGGCCGUGCAGGCUGCCGGGGCACGGUUGCAGGACGAGGAUGAUAUCCUAUAGGAGGGGCAGUUCAUCCUUAGUCCUGGCGGGGGCGUACCCGCCUUGACGGGUGACGUCGAAUGAGCGAGUGAGCGGGGAGGGUUGGUGUAACCUGAGUUGGCUGGCUAAUUGGCCUGUGGGUUGUUCAAUGUCCAAGAACGAAGGGUAUGUGAUGCUGGCAGUUUGUUUCGGUGCCCUUGCAUUGCAUUGCGUUGCAUUGCGUUGCGUUAUGUUUUGUUUUUUUUUUUAUGCUGUUCCAUGCGGUUUCUCUUUUCUUUUCCCCUGCUCCCCUACAGAAAGUCCCCCUACUU